AUGCUUCCAGCCGGCCACGCGACUUCCGCAGGGUUGAGCCGCGGUUUCGGGCCCCUGGCCGCCCAAAGCCUGCACUUCCAGCCGGCCGAGUCCCUCGUCGACAUGGCCUCCAGCCCCAGCCCUCGGUUCGGCCAUUCGGCCUCGCUUUCGGACCGCCUCACCAACAGCCUGACCGACUCGUACGCACUCUCGUCCGGCCAGCCGAGGCCGGCCCAGCCGCGGUUUCACCGAGCCCUCGGCCUGCCGCUCUCGGACAAAGGCUUCUCCGGUCGUGCGGCCAUCGCCGACGCCAACGACGCCGCCAACGCCGACGUCAACGCCAACGCCAACGCCAACGGCGCGGCUCUGCUGCGGAUGCCAGGCGGUGGCGCCUCGGGCUUGGAUGUGCCGCAGUUGGUGCGGCUGUUGCAGUCUCGCGACUCCGAGGUUGAGGCCAAUGCGGCCGCCUACCUUCAGCAUCUGGUCUAUCGCAACCCCGAGAUGAAAGAGCGCACCAGGUGGGCCAAUGGGUUGUCCGAAUCCCACUCGGGCGACUUGUCGUCUGUGGCCUGGUCUGAGCUCGUUUUCGCGACCAACAUGAGCACACACCUUUCGCCACUGGGCAGGGAGACAGGAGAAGAUACAUUUUGCCGCAAGGGAUGA